GUCUUAAUCAGAUCCAUUUCUUGUUUUGAUGCGUGCGCGGCUCCGGAGUCAAAGCAGAGAGAGCGAGGGGAAUCAGUGCGAGCGACGAACGGGAGGACGGAUAACGGUACCGAGGACAACAGGGAUGUACAGCAAACAUAGGCAGAAAAAUGCCCAAAUAUCACCGGCACAAUGUGGACGUUCGCUUAUUAUGUUGUCUUUGUUACUACUGAAUGGCAUACUGGAAAGUGCAAACGGAGAUACCCGAGUACAAGGAGAGUUAAGGGGACAGACGGUGACAGCACAGUGGAUCUCUCCUGGACGCACCAAGAGGGAAGAUGCUGGGACUGCAGCAAAACAGGACCAGUAUCCAGACAGAGGGGAAAUAGUGCUGUCCUCCAACAACCUUGAACUGGUACUACAAGUGGAACGGAAUCAGGAGCUCCUGGGCCCAGACUUCACAGAAACCCACUACAGUGAGGAUGGGCAGCCUGUAACUGUGGCCACCAAUUACAGUGAUCACUGCUUCUACCACGGGCAUGUAAGAGGACACAUGGACUCCUGGGCCGCCCUUAGCACAUGUUCAGGAGUGAGGGGCCUGAUUGCCUUGAACUCAAAUGACACCUACUACCUUGAGCCAAUCAGAGGGCUGGACUCUCUCCAUCACUCGCUGGUCAGCGCAGACGAUCUGCCAAUCAGAGGGCUGGACUCUCUCCAUCACUUGCUGGUCAGCGCAGACGAUCUGCCAAUCAGAGGCGGGACUUGCGGCCACGGGCAUCAGACUGGACACCCCAACCUCCUCUCCGGUCUGUUUAAACCUUUGCAUCAAAGGGUGAGACGAAAUGCCUGGGGCACUACCAAGUACAUGGAGCUGUACAUCGUGGCUGACAGUACACUGUAUAAACGACAGAAUAAGGACUACCAAAAAACCAAGCUGAGGAUAAUGGAGAUUGCCAAUUAUGUUGAUAAGUUCUACAGGGCUCUGAACAUCCGGGUGCCUCUGAUUGGCCUGGAGGUAUGGAAGGAGAGGGAUGAGUGCAUCAUUACAGAAGAACCCAACACCACACUCUGGUCCUUCCUACAGUGGAGACAGAAGCUUAAGUCCCGCAAGAAGCACGACAACGCACAGCUACUGACGGGAGUGAUAUUUAAAGGGACCACCAUAGGGAUGGCACCGCUGGAAGGAAUGUGCAGUCUGGAGAACUCUGGAGGCAUUAAUGUGGAUCAUUCUGAUUUACCCAUCGGAGCUGCCGCCACCAUGGCCCACGAAAUCGGACAUAAUUUUGGGAUGAGCCACGACCACGAGGGCUGCUGUGUGGAGGCGACUGCAGAGCAAGGGGGCUGCGUGAUGGCUGCUGCCACCGGGCAUCCAUUUCCCCGGGUGUUCAGCCACUGCAGUAAGGUGGACCUGGACAACUACUUCCAGAAGGGAGGGGGGAUGUGCCUCUUCAACAUGCCCGACAUGAAGGACCUGGUCGGGGGCAAGAGGUGUGGCAACGGCUUUGUGGAGGACGGAGAAGAGUGCGACUGUGGAGAGCCAGAGGAGUGCAGUAAUGACUGCUGCAACGCCAACAACUGCAGUCUGAAGGCAGAGGCUCAGUGCGCCCACGGGGUGUGUUGCGAGGGCUGUAAGCUGAUGCAGGCAGGUACCAGUCGUGGUCCUGCGGGAGCGUGCGACCUGCCAGAGUACACAACUGGUGGCUCUCCCUACUGCCCGUCCAAUGUUUACCUGCUGGAUGGAUCCUCCUGCCAGUAUGGUCACGCCUACUGCUACAACGGCAUGUGUCUGACCCGUGAACAGCAGUGUCUGCAGCUGUGGGGCUACGGUGCCCGGCCAGCGCACGACGCCUGCUUUCAAGAUGUCAACGCAGCAGGGAACGCGUUUGGAAACUGUGGGAAGGACGGACAGGGAAACUACAUGAAGUGCGAAAAAAGCGACGCCAAGUGCGGGAAGAUCCAGUGCCUUAUCAGCGCGGCCAAGAAGCCGAAGGGCACCAACGCAGUGUCCAUAGACACCACCAUCCGUACGGACGGCAUGGAGGUGAAGUGCAGGGGGACAUAUGUCUAUACCACCCAGGAUGGACAAGGGGCUCCUGACCCGGGCCUCGUCAUGACCGGCACCAAGUGUGGAGAGGGGAAGGUGUGCAGGGACCGCCGGUGCCAAAACGCCUCUUUCACCGAGCUGGAGAGCUGCAUCGCUCACUGUCAUGGCCAUGGGUGUGGCCUCCAUCCUCGUUAUUCCCUCAGACUCGAAGGCUCCAUGGAGAAGGGUAAGAAUGGACACCUCAACCCGGCGUUUCAUCUGAAGGUGAUGGGGCCGGCGAACAAAGGAAACGGUCACAUGGGGCUCCCUCACACCAGCAAAGAGGUGCUGCCUCUCCGGCCAGGCCCCACUCCUAACGGCACUCAGCCUGUCAACAUCGUGCGUCCCCUAAGGCCCGCCCCCUCGCCACACAACACGCCACGGCGCUUCAAGGUAGCCCACCCACCUUUACUUGUCAGCAAGCAACCCGGGGCCCUGCCGAAAUCUCCCGCCCCACCUCAAAAACUUACGCCACCCAAGAAACCGCUUCCCCUCAACCCAACACGAUCACCACUGGUAUCCAACCCAACACGAUCACCACUGGUAUCCAACCCAACACGAUCACCACUGGUAUCCAACCCAACACGAUCACCACUGGUAUCCAACCCAACACGAUCACCACUGGUAUCCAACCCAACACGAUCACCACUGGUAUCCAACCCAACACGAUCACCACUGGUAUCCAACCAAACACGAUCACCACUGUUGGUGUCAGAGCUGCAGCCCAGACACUCCCCCUCUCCUCCUCAGAGGCCCCUGCCCCUCAGCCCCGCCAGAGGGGUGGUGUUACCCGUGAGCCCAGCGAGGGCGAUUCCUCCCAAACCCUCCAAUGGGCUGCUGGUGAUGAUGCCCCCUGCCGUCGGCCCCAAACCAGUGGGCAAGCUGUCCGUCAUCCCUCCUCUCAAAGCACUCCGAGAGAUGCUUGUUUCUGUCGGCGCGAUGCGUGAAGAAACCAGCUAGCUGUACCGACUCCGAUAGCGUGUCUCGAGUGAGCCAUGUUUCCGUGAAGCAAAGAAGUUACAGUCUCUGAUGGAAUCCUUUGCUCUGAUGGAAUCCUUUGCUCUGAUGGAAUCCUUUGCUCUGAUGGAAUCCUUUGCUCUGAUGGAAUCCUUUGCUCUGAUGGAAUCCUUUGCUGUGAUGGAAUGGUUAUGUUCUUAUUGGGGAUUUUCAAAUUAAUAAUUUUUCAUAUUUUACAAAUGUUUGCGUUUAACUUUUAUUUUUAGAAGCAAAAACAUGUACGUUUUAAAGCAUCUGUUGUCAACUCCGUCACUGAUGGUUAACCAUACUUCAGAUCUAUCAUUGUUGUCAAUAUUCUGAAUACAUCUUUUAAUCACUG